UUCAGGUUUCCUCAGCUACAAGAUCGCACUCAGUUUAGUGACCAAGACUUAGCCACUCUUAAGAAGUACUGGGACAAUGGCAUGACCAGCCUUGGCUCUGUUUGUCGAGAAAAAAUUGAAGCAGUUGCAACUGAAUUAAAUGUUGACUGUGAAAUAGUUCGGACAUGGAUUGGGAAUCGAAGAAGGAAAUAUCGUUUAAUGGGGAUUCAAGUUCCACCUCCAAGAGGAGGCCCUGCUGAUUUUUCUGAGCAGCCCGAAUAUGGUUCUUUGUCUGCACUCACACCAGGAGAGGAAGCUGGUCCUGAAGUAGGAGAGGAUAAUGACAGAAAUGAUGAAGUAUCCAUCUGUUUGUCUGAAGGAAGUUCUCAAGGUAUUUUAUAUGCUGCACCUCCUAAUGAUAUCUUUUGUGUAUUUGAUGCAUUUUUACUUGCUUUUCAGUUUACUGCCCUUCAAAUCUAA